AUGUGGCCCGCCGCCGACAAGGUCCUGUACACAUCAGGGCGGUCCUCCCGACUCACCAUGAACCCUGUGGUGCUGCCCAACCCGCUGCCCGCCAACCUGGGCGACCAUGUCCGCGAUAUUUACCGCCGCCACUUUGCCCACGAGCUCGCCCUGGGCACCGUCAAGCCCCUGGUCAUCCCCCACGGCGUCCUGGUCACCUUCGGCCUCCCAAUCCUCUACCUCGCCAUACCCCACCGGAACCGCCCAUGGCUGUUCAGGGCCCGCUACCUGCUCAUGUUUUACAUUAUCGUGUUCAACCUACGCGAGACCUUCAUGACCACAAGUCCUAACUUUGCUGUGGGCUAUGCCGUGGGCCUUAUGCAGGCAUGGGGCAUUGUUUGGAAUAUGACGCUGCUUAUCCUCAUGAGGCCGCAGUUUGAUGCCGAGCGGGUGGAGAUACGACCGGUGCGGGCGACGCCGGUGGCUUCAGGGGCAGCGAAUGGGGCCACGAAUGGCCAUGUGCGGAUAUCAGAUUCCAAGGAGAACGUUCGCCCUGUACAGAACGGCAAUGCGAACGCGGUCACCAAGGUCAAUGGAACUUCGAAGGCGCCAGCACACUCAGCCAAAAGUACGGGGGACAAAUCGGCCGAUGCACCCGAUGAGGACAUUGCAAAGAGCCUCGAUGAGGGAUACGAGUACUACUGGCAGGACUACCCGGAAGACGCCCCCUUUCUGACCCGGCUGGAGUGGUCAUUCGACCUCUUCACCUCCUUCCGCGGUACCGGCUGGAACUGGUCCGUUCCAGUGAUCCCGCAUUUUGCCAAACCCGACAAGCCGCACUCGGCCGCACUGGCUGACCUAGAGUCUAUCCCCAUGUCCACAAAGCAGGGCUACCACCGGUUUGCUACCCGGCGGUCAUGGCUCCGCAGCGAGCUCCUACCCAUCAUCGUGGGCUACCUGGCCCUGGACGCGUUCAGCGUGCUGAUGAUGAAAGACCCGUACUUCAUUCUGGGCCCUGAGUACACAGCAUCCACGGUCCCGGUCCCGCUCCCUCCUCUGCUCGCGGCCCUGCCCCCCUGGCUCCUCUUCACUUACCGCUCCCUGACCGGCUUCCUGGCCGUCAUGGCGGCCAUCAGCACGAUCAUGAAGCUAUGGCAACUGAUUUGCGCCUUCCCCCUGCGCGGCCUGCUCGGCGCCCGCGCCGACCUCUGGCACUACCCGACCCUGUACGGCUCCUUCACCAGCAACGUCCUCGACAAGGGCCUGGCGGGUUUCUGGGGCGGCUGGUGGCACCAGACGUUCCGCGUGGCCUUCAGCGCCCCGGGAGCAUGGCUCGCCCGCCGCGGGAUCCUGGCCGACCGCCACUCGCCCGCCGCAAAGGCCGCCGCGGGCUUCUUCGCCUUCGCCCAGAGCGGCUUCCUCCACUCCCUCGGCAGCGCCAGCUGCCUGCCGCCCAGCCUGCCCUGGGCCCCGCCGAUCUUCUUCAUGCUGUCGUGGGUGGGCAUCCUACUGCAGACCGCGGUGUGCGGCGCCGCGCGGCCCGUCACGCGCAGCCUGCCGCGCUGGGCGAGAAGGGCUGGGAAUUUCGCGUUUGUUUUCGUCUGGCUCAACGCCACGCAGUACUGGAUGCUCGACGACAUUGCGCGCUCGGGCAUCUGGCUGCUCGAGCCCGUGCCCGCCUCGCUGUUCAGGGCGCUCGGGCUGGGCGGGCCCGGCGACCACUGGUGGAGGUGGACCUGGGCUGAGCUGCCUCGCCGGUACGCUGGGGCGCACUGGUGGGAGGGUGGGAUCGCGUUGUGA